GAAAAAUGUUCCGGCGGAAACUUCGACUGCUUCAAAGUAUUUGGACAUUCUGUCGACGUAAUCAACAAUCAAGACAGCAAAUUAGAAAAAUAUUUACGAAGCAGUUUCUGCCAUCUGCAUCAAGAUGGCUGCUUUUACCUGGGGCUGUGGUUACCAUGAGAGGGUUUACAUUUGGAAUGAGGCCCUCAGAGAAAGAACCUGAAGCCACAUCUGCCUCCAAAAGCCCUGAAGAGAAGAUAAUUGAACAGGCUGAUGAGUUAUUCGAUAAAUCUGACACUCUGGCAUUAUACGACUACCUAAUCCAAUACAAAGACAGCUCGAAUGAUGAGCUCUUAUGGAGACUGGCACGAGCAGCCACAGACAAAGGAAAAUUACUGAAGGAUCCUGCUAAGAGGGAUUAUUACUAUGAAGCUUUUAAAUAUGCCAAAAUGGCACUGGAGAAAAAUCCUAACAAUUUUGCCUGUCAUAAGUGGUAUGCCAUAUUGUUAGACUACACAGGAGAAUAUGAAGGCACGAAGCAGAGGAUAGCAAAUGCAUAUGAAGUGAAAGAGCACUUUUUAAAAGCAGUAGAAUUAAACCCAAAAGAUGCCACUUCAGUCCACUCCCUAGGUUACUGGUGUUUUUUGUUUGCUGACCUACCUUGGUAUCAACAGAAAAUUGCUUCAGUCAUAUUUACCACUCCGCCCACUUCUACUUAUGAGGAGGCCUUGAAGUUUUUCCUGGAGGCUGAAAGAAUUGAUCCUGGUUUCUACAGUAUGAAUACAAUGAUGUUAGGAAAGACCUAUGUUAGACUCAAGGAAAAUGCCAGGGCUAUCUACCACCUGAAGAAGGUCAAAAGUUUUCCAGUUAAAACUGUUGAUGAUGAAAAGGCACACAAGGAGGCAGCUGAACUUCUGCGUGGGCUAGGAGUACAUGACCAUGAUUAAAGCAACUAGUGAUGACCACAACUUGGACCAGUUACCAACUUCAUGGAGGGUGUAAACAUGAUAUGUAUUUAACAGUACUUCAAUC